AUGGCCGGUGUUAAAGCUUACGAACUCAGAUCAAAGUCUAAGGAACAACUGCAGGAGCAGCUUGUCGACCUGAAGAAAGAAUUGGCCCAACUCAAGGUCCAGAAGUUGACCAGACCAUCUCUUCCAAAGAUCCACACUGUCAGAAAGAGCAUUGCUAAGGUCCUCACCGUGAUCAACUUGCAACAAAGAGCUUCUGUCAGAGAAUUCUACAGUGGCAAGAAAUACAUUCCAAAGGAUCUCAGACAAAAGAAGACCAGAGCUUUGAGAAGAGCUCUUACCAAGUACGAGAAAAGCCAAAAGACUGACAAGGCUAAGAAGCAAGCUAUUGCUUACCCAGCCAAGAAGUUCGCUGUCAAGGCCUAA